AUGGAAGUAGAACAAGUCCUCCACAUGAAUGGUGGUGUCGGCAAAAGUAGCUAUGCAAAAAACUCCUCUCUUCAAAGAGCGGUGAUAUCAAUUACAAGGCCAAUACUAGAUGAAAGUAUUACAAUUUAUUGUAAUAAAAUGUUGCCAAAGUGUUUGCGAAUAGCAGACUUGGGUUGUUCCUCAGGCCCCAACACACUCACUGCGGUCUCCAACAUUUUUGACAUCAUUGAAGCCUCUUCCCAAUCCUUUAACAUCAACUCACCAACUUUUCAAGUUUUCCUUAACGAUCUUCCUGGGAAUGAUUUCAAUGCAGUCUUCCGAUCUUUAUCGAGCUUUUAUGAAAAGCUUAAGAAAGACAAAGGUGACAAGUUUGGACCGUGCUUCAUCACAGCUAUGCCAGGGAGUUUUUAUGGAAGGCUUUUUCCAGACAAUUCCAUGCAUAUUGUUCACUCUUCUUACAGUUUCCAUUGGUUGUCUAAGGUUCCAAGAGAGUUAGUGAAUGAUGAAAGUGGAGAAGCACAUAACAAAGGAAAUAUUUACAUUACGAAUACAAGUCCUCCUAUUGUGUUCAAAUCUUAUUUGGAUCAAUUUCAAAAGGAUUUCACAAAUUUCUUAAGAUAUCGUUCUCAAGAAAUAGUGAGUGGUGGUAUCAUGAUAUUAACAUUCAUUGGCAGCAUUCAAAGUGAUUCUCCUAACAAUAUUUAUGAAAUACUGGGAAGAACACUGAAUGACAUGGUCAAAGAGAAUAUAAUUGAAGCAAAAUGUGUAGAGAAUUUUAACGUGCCAGCAUAUUUUCCAAGUGCAAAGGAAGUGAAAGAUGUGAUUGAGAAAGAAAGAAGUUUGUCUCUACAAAAGCUUAAUACUUUCGAAAUAGAUUGGGAUGCAGGCUUCAUCACUAGUGAUAAUAUUGAUAAUGAUAAGCAUAACAGUGGGAAAUAUGUGUCUGAUUACAUAAGAGCUGUUGCAGAGCCUAUUUUGGUGACCCAAUUUGGAGAAACCAUAAUGGAUGAAUUGUUUAAUAGGUUUGCUGAUAAGGUCAAUGAGUCUAUGGCCAAUGAAAAAUGGAAGUAUGUCAACUUGGUCAUUUCCUUGACAAAGAAUUAGUACUCAUUUUGAUCAACAACUUGUUAGUUGAAUAAAUUGUUGAAUGCAUGUACUUCUUUCUGUGAAAAAGAACUUAUUAUUACUCGUAGUUAUAAUAUAUUGCAAAUUUUUCUUUGCAUGGUUUUGAUUAAUUAAUUCUUAUAAUUUUUUCAUUACACACACUACAAAAAAAUUGCCACUAAAAUAUGCUGUAGAUUUCUUAGCCAGGACUUAGUUUGAAGACUCAAAAGAAUGUGACACCCUCAUGAUCCUAGCUAACAAACUUACUCUUCAAGACAGCCCCACUUUUGACAAGCCAGAAUUAUAUCGCAACACCAUAGGAGCAUUACAAUACCUCACAAUGACCCGACCUAAUCUUGCCUAUUCUGUAAACAAGUUAAGUCAGUAUCUGAAAAAUCCAACAAUUCAUCAUUGGAAUGCCUGCAAGAGAAUGUUUCGGUAUAUCAAAGGCACAACUCACCUAGGCCUUCACUUCAAGCCAUCCACAUUACUCAAUUUGGAAGCAUAUUCAGAUACCGAUUGGGCAUCUAGCCUUGAUGAUCGAAAAUCCACAAGUGGAUUCUGUCUAUUUCUUGGUGGAAACCUAAUAGACUGGAGUUCAAGAAAACAAAAAGUUGUAGCUUGAUCCAGCACUGAAUCUGGAUAUCGAGCUCUAGCCUCUGUUGCAACUAAAACAGUGUGGAUAAGUUCCCUUCUUGGUGAACUCGGCAUCAACCUUCAAAAGACACCACUUGUUACACUAGAACAAAGCACAUAGAACUUGAUGUGCAUUACAUUCGAGAACAAAUAGUAGAAAAGACGAUUGAAGUUUGUUACAUCCCCACACAAGAUCAAACAGCUGACCUUUUUACUAAACCACGGUCAUCUCCGAGGUUUCAAUUUCUAUGUAACAAGCUAAAUUUGGUGAGCACCAAACAUAUAGCUUGAGGGGGGUAUCAGGACAGUUAGUUUAGUUAUUUACUGUUAAAUGUUAGUUGUUAACAGCUGUACUUGUAACCGUUUCUGUUACUUCUCAAGUGUACUCUUUCUCAUAUAUAUAAAUAUCAAUCUUGAGCCUCUGUUAUUCACACAAGCUCACUUCACAAUUAUUCAUCUUCUCUAGUGAAAAAAAAAAAAGAAUAAUAAUGUAAUUAUAAUUAAACAACAGGAAUAAACCAAAACUAUUAAAUAUUUAAUUUAUACUUGUAGUUGUAGUUAUAAGCUAGCUUAGCAAGUAGAGGAGUAAUAAUAGUACUUAUGUAUAAACAGUAAUCCGAAUUAUAUAUCCGAAUGGUGUAUUGUUAUUGGUCAAAAAAAAAUAUUGGGCAAUAAUAAGAAUAAAUUAAAUGAGAGGGAUUAAUGAUUUAUUUAUAAAUAGGUGAUAUAAUUAAUUAAUUAGUACUAUAUAUUGAGACAAUACUGUAAUAAACACGUAGAUCAGAUUAUAGACCGACGUACGUGAUGCUAGGGCAAAUUUGAAUUCAGUAAGUUGGAGUUGGAGCUAUAUACACAAUAAUAUUCUUUUAAUUUCUUCCUCACACUCAUCAAGUG